GAUAUAGUGGUUGAUAAAAUGCUCUUCAGAUUACAGAGGAUAAAAGUCAGAACUCAAAGAAGUCAGAACUGAGAUCCUGACACGCUAUUGGAAACCACUCUCUCUGAAGCCAUGUCACCACAAAGCACAAACGUAGCUUUUCUGAUUGGGACCAUUGCCAUCGUGUCCCUAAUAAAACCUGACUGUGUGGCUGUAAAAGAAGAUGAAAAGGGAUUUAAACUGUGUAUCACAUCGAGGCGAGGAAUGCAAGACCACUCUUAUCAGAAUCUGACAAAUGUCCCCUCAAAUCUUCCCAAUGACACGCAGUUUUUGGACAUUUCUCACAACUCUAUCCAAAGACUGAACGAAGCUCCAUUUUUUGGCCUGUCCCAGCUCUGUUUUCUGAAGGUAACUCACUGUGGCCUGCAGGAGAUUUCUCCCAGUGUGUUCAGUCACACACCAGCACUCAAAGUGCUCAAUAUAUCUUACAACCAGUUACCUCUUGUCCCUGACAUGUCAUUGAAACAGCUGAAAAUCCUUGAUUUGGCUAACAAUCUGUACAACAGCUAUCGAAUUCCAGCAUCGUUUCAAAACCUAGUGAAUCUGGAUGUGCUGUCAUUAGGGAGUACAGCUGCUCUGUCAGUCAACUACAAUGACUUUGAUCCCUUGACAAACGUUUCUCUGCAUCACCUGGUGCUGGGAGCAGGAACCCGCUGGCAAAAGUAUGAUUCUGGUGCUCUUGCAAAACUGAAGUCUCUUCAAACUAUUUCACUUUUUGCAUCUUUUUGUGGGGAGUCUGGUAUGUUUGAGAACCUCCUCAAGGACGUGAAUGCGACAAGAGCAACAUCAUUGAGAGUAAUCACUCUAUUUCCAGACAACUGCAAUGUGACCGGCAGCUUUUUUGGGAACCUGAGAACAAUGCCAUUUAUACAGAAUCUCACCAUAGAAAACACUUGGUUAAACAGCUCAUUUAUGGAGGUGUUCCUGAAGAAUGUGUUUCUCUCCUACCUUUAUGACCUCUCAUUUGUCAACAUCACUUACAAUGAAGAUACCCCAGACGGUUUUCAGUUUCGCACCAUUAAUCACACAAUCAAUCUUUGCUCAAUUACCUUCAAUGGUGUGCAGCAUUAUCAAUACAGAUACCCCACACUCAACAUAAGCUUAGAGAUCAUGUCAAAUCUGACCUAUGUAAAGUUCUCUGGCACCGGAAUGAACAUUUUACCCUGCAAACUCAUAUCUGUCCUGCCAUCACUGGAGACACUGGACCUGUCGGAUAACCUCUUAGGGGAUACGGGCUUCUGGUGGAUUCACUGUUCGUACACCGCCGUCUUCCCCAAACUAAGGAGACUGUCUUUAAGCAAGAACCGCUUCAGCAGUCUUUCCUUUAUCUCUGAGAAGACACACCAGAUGAAUAAAUUGGAGUCUCUGGACCUCAGCUUUAACUCCAUCUACUUGGACAAGCCCUGCUCUUGGCCUGCUCAGCUGACUGAGCUCAGCUUGGGAAACAAUAACCUGGGCAACAGCGUCUUUAAUUACCUGUCCAAAAACUUUGAGAGGAUUGACUUGUCAAAGACAGGAAUAACUGCCAUAACGCAAGAGGAUCUGUCUCGUUUUCUCAAGCUGACACACCUCAAACUCAGCUCCAACAGCAUCCAGGUUAUUCCUGCAGAUCUCAGUGCCCCAGCUCUGCUCAGUCUCUACGUAGACCAGAAUGCUAUCACAUCUAUAUCCAUGGAGGUUUUGGUAGGACUUCCAAGGCUUCACACCCUCAAAGCUGGAAACAAUCCCUUCGUCUGCUCAUGUGACUCCUAUUGGUUCGUCACUGUUCUCAACAAGUCUUUGCUCCCGGACUGGCCUUUAGAUUACACAUGCAGCACUCCGCCAUCUUUUGCAGGCGUGCCACUCUCAGAGUACAAAACCAGUAAGCUGUCAUGUGAGAUGUGGCUUCAGGCUGCAGUUGCUAUUCCUGUAAUAAUAAUUAUAUCUGCAGUCAUUGGUCUGGUUUUCUAUAAAUGUGAUGGGGUGUGGUAUACAAAGAUGUUAUGGGUGUGGAUCAGGGUGAAGAAAAGAGGAAGGAAAAGCUCUGCCAUGUUGAAGAAUGUAUCAUUUUGUUAUCAUGCGUUCAUCUCCUACAGUCACCAGGACUCUAGCUGGGUGGACAGCCAGCUGGCACCCUCUCUGGAAGGUGCCGGGUUUUCUCUCUGCGUUCACGAGCGUGACUUCGUCCCCGGUGAGUGGAUCAUAGACAAUAUUAUCAACUGCGUGGAGUCCAGCUACAAGACGCUGUUUGUCCUCUCCAAACAUUUUGUCCAAAGUGAAUGGUGCAACUACGAGCUCUUCUUCGCCCAGCACAGAGCCAUUAAUGUCCAAGAUGACUCUUUAGUCUUCAUAUUACUGGAGCCCAUUCCAUCUGACUCUCUGCCCAAGAAGUUCUUGAGACUUAGAAAAUUAAUGAGGCAGCAGACAUAUCUCGAGUGGCCGAAGGAUGAACGAAAGCAGCAGGUUUUCUGGGCAAGUCUUAAAUCCAUGCUCCAUAUGGCAGACACUAUGGUUCUGAAGGAUGUGGCUUUGGCCAUUGCAGAUACAACAGCUCUACUUACAGACCAAGGGUAAGAGCUCAAACAAUAAUUGUAUUAAUUAAGUAAUUGGUCCUCUUGUUCAUACUGGCACUGAAGGGAUCUCUUCCUAAUUCAAUACCAGUGCGAGUGAUGGGGGAUAAAGUCCACAUGCCAAAAUGCAUUCCAAACUUCAGCUCAGGCUAAUACAAGGCUUCAGCUGUGUUGUUAUCGCUUGUAUUUUGUAUGGUGUCCUUGGGUGUCUUGAAAGGCGCCUCCAAAUAAAAUGUAUUAUUAUUAUUAUUAUUAUUAUUAUUAUUAUUAGCUUGUCUAACUCAAACUGCUAAAAAUUAAAAUAUUUUUUUGCACAGAAUGAGGUUAGUGAAUAAGAUUACAAAUCUACAUU